AUAAAAGUUCAUAAACAAAUGAAGGCUCUUGUAGAUGCUACAAUGUUUCUUAUUCCAAGAAUUAGUGUCAGACUGCUGCAUCCUUGGUGCACAAAGAAGCGUUAUCGCAGGUCCUUCCUCCCAGCAGAAACUUUCUAACAGAAAAACAGAAAAAACACUCAAACUGCAUCUUUAAAAGCUCAAAAGGAGCAUAAGAUUCAUGUCCAGGUUUAUACUUUUAAUCAAAAGUUUGAGUUUGGCUUUCAUGCGCUGCCUGUGGAUUAUCCACAGCUUCUUUUUUCAUGAAUCCGAGAAACAAAUGAAGCUUUGAAACUUCAUUUGCGGGAGCCUGAGGAGGAGUUAGCGCCGAACAAUGAGCACAUUUCUUAUUGACCUGGCAGAGAAAGGCAUGUGGGGGCAGUUGUGUGCUGGAGGGUAAUCAGGCAGGUUGAAGCUUUCCGUCAGUGUUGAUUCAGUCCUAAGAGACGUCACAGCCAGUCAAAGUGGAGCUGCACCUUAUUUUCAUUUGCUUCCUGCAGAUGAAAAUGGCUGAAUCGCACAGGGUGACAGCGCAGGGCAGGAAGAAAUGGAGUUUACCACAGAGAGACGAGACGGAUCAGAACAAACUGGCCUCUCGAUGUCCGGAUGGAGAAGCUAAAAAAAAACUGGAUUAACAAAUUACUGCUGAUUUAACAUCUUGAAGUGCCACGCCCAGUCCAAAGAGAUGCACAACUUAAUUUUAAAGCACAGUAAGUCGUCUCUUUGUUGCCAUGGGAACACUUUGUGCUUCCAGGAAGUUCCUUUCAGAGGUCACAUCACCGGCGGUCUGCAGCCAGGGAAGAAGGUGAUCGUGGUUGGGGUUGUGGAUCCGAGUCCUGAUCGGUUCUAUGUUGCUCUGACAUGCGGCCGUGGGUCCAGGGAACCGCCACCUAAUGUGGCGCUGGAGCUCUGUGUUCGAUUUAAAGACCGACAGGUCCUGCGGAGAGCCUGCAUGUCGGGAUCCUGGGGCGAAGUGGAGAGAGCGGUUCCCUGUUUCCCUUUUAUCAAGGAUCAGCCCUUUAAGAUUGAGAUGCGCUGCGAACACGGAAGAUUUCAAGUGUUUGUGGACGGACAGCAGCUGUUUAGCUUUCAGCACAGAGUUCUGCCGCUCAGCCACAUCGACACUUUAUGGAUCAAAGGCAGCUUAAAAAUCACAAAACUUGCCUAAAACAAAAGACUUUCAGACUAUUAUACUUCAGAAGAUCACAGAUGUUUAUAUUUAUCCCAAAAUGCUUUUACAUGUGUUUAAAAUUGUUCUACUUUUGGCGUACUUUGUUGAUAAAGUUUUCUGUUUUUAGUUGUGAACCUCAUCAUCACUACUGACUUCAAACCUAUUUUUAUUAGAAAAAACUAAUAAUUAGCUCAUGUUUUCUCUCAAAAUUACAGUUUCAUUGCUUUUUGUUAUUUUACAUUCUACUUUGGCUACAGACAUUAUUCUUUUAUUUUUUUAUUCUUCCAAUCAUAACACUACAUACUUUCUGACUUUACAAAUGAAACUUUCUCUAAUACAUUGAAACCUGUCUGCUAAUA